AAAGCCAAAACCUUUAAUGUCGGAAGCUGACUCAUCCACAUUACGCAACACCAAAACAAUGUCUCUAGCGUCAAUUUUAUGCUAAAUUCAUCAGCCGCUUUAUCAUAAUAAUAAAUCUCGAUACCUUUUUUUUUUUUUUUCCUCCUCUUCAACGGUCCUCAAUAUUCCCAAAAUCCCAACUCAGAUCAUAAAAAAGCUUACUUUUUUUUUUGUUCGUUUCCUUAUCCUUCUGAGAAUCUGGUUCUCAUCGUUGAAAUCGAAAAAAAAAAAAAAUGGGUCGAAUUGGUUUAGUGGUGUCUGAUCUGGUAUUGUCGUUCAUGUGGAUAUGGGCAGGAGUUCUAGUCAACAUAUUAGUCCAUGGAGUUCUCGGGUUUAGCCGGAGCGAUGCGACCGGUGAGAUCGUUCGAUAUCUCUUCUCCAUCAUCUCCAUGUUUGUUUUUGCCUUCCUUCAAAAAGUCAGCAAAGGCGGACUUUAUAAUCCUUUGACCGCUUUGGCUUCUGGUGUCUCCGGUGGCCUCGGACAUUUUAUCUUCACUGUCUUCGUUCGAAUCCCCGUCGAGGUAAUGGGAUCAAUCCUUGCGGUUAAGCAUGUGAUUCACGUUUUCCCUGAGAUUGGGAAAGGACCUAAACUAAACGUAGCAAUUCAUCACGGUGCUUUAACAGAAGGGAUACUAACAUUUUUCAUUGUAAUGCUCUCAAUGGGACUCACAAGAAAAAUCCCUGGGAGUUUCUUUAUGAAGACUUGGAUUGGUAGUCUUGCUAAGUUAACUCUACAUAUUCUUGGCUCUGAUCUUACCGGCGGAUGCAUGAACCCUGCAGCUGUUAUGGGAUGGGCUUAUGCACGCGGUGAGCAUAUAACAAAAGAGCAUUUACUUGUGUAUUGGCUUGGACCUGUGAAGGCUACAUUGCUCGCAGUUUGGUUCUUCAACGUUGUGUUCAAGCCUCUGACUGAAGAACCAGAGAAACCUAAGGCUAAAUCUGAAUGAGGAAUGAGGUCAGCUUUCAUAUUUUAUCCUCCUCUUUGGAUAAAUCUCCUCCACACAAUACAUAGAGGGUGGGAUUGUGUUCCGUUGUUACUCGGGUAUUGUGUGUUUGUAUGUAGCAAACUCAGCUGUAUCAACCUGUUUUAUAAAAUCUGAAUUUUGGUGAA